AUGAGAGGCCAGUCACUACUAGCGCCACUCAUGCUGGUACCGGCCCUAGUGGCCGGUACCAGCAUUCAAGGUGGAAAAGCGCAGCUUGAGAAGCGGCAGUCGAUGCCGGACGAUUUGGUGGCGGCUGUGGGGGGCCAUCUGUCUAAGCUACGCUCGAAGAUGAAUGUGCAGCAGGGCAAGUUCUUCGACGCGCGUGGCAGCCUCAAGAACAUUGCAGACAGCCUCGGUGUGUCUGAACAGGAGGUGAGCUCGGUAUCUGCGGAGCUGGAGUCGGUGAUGGCCGAGAUGUCAGAGCUAUUCCCGCAGGACGCGAAGCAGCUAAAGUUCUUGUCCGAGCCGCGCGGGGACGUGCGCAAGGUUCGGGAGUGGGACAACGUCGUGCGGAAGGAGUCGCUCCAGGACUACCAGUUGCGGGUGCGCAAGGUGUCGGACCCUGCGGGCUUGGGUGUGGACCCUGACGUCAAGCAGUACUCGGGUUACCUUGACGUGGAGGCGGAAGACAAGCACUUUUUCUACUGGUUCUUCGAGAGUCGCAACGACCCCAAGAACGACCCUAUUGUGCUAUGGUUGAACGGUGGGCCAGGGUGCUCGUCGAUGACGGGGCUCUUCUUCGAGCUCGGGCCAUCGUCGAUCGACCAGAAGCUCAAGCCUGUGCGGAACCCAUACUCGUGGAACACUAACGCGUCUGUGAUCUUCUUGGACCAGCCAGUGAACGCUGGCUACUCGUACUCUUCCAACAGCGUUGCCAACACCGUGGCGGCGUCGAAGGACGUGUACGCCUUUUUGGAGCUUUUCUUCAGGCAGUUCCCAGAAUACCAAGCCGGCCAGAAGUUCCACAUUGCCGGUGAGUCGUAUGCCGGCCACUACAUUCCUGCUAUUGCUGCCGAGAUCUUGUCGCACCCAGACGAGGAGCGCUCGUUUAAGUUGAGCUCUGUGCUAAUUGGGAACGGGUUGACAGACCCAUUGACACAGUACCCCUACUACGAGCGUAUGGCCUGCGGUGGUGGCGGCGAACCCGCCAUUCUUGGCCCAGAGCAAUGCUCGGCAAUGAACGAGACCUUGCCACGGUGCUUGCGUUUGAUCCGCACAUGCUACACCCUGCAGAACGUGUGGUCGUGUGUUCCAGCCUCUCUGUACUGUAAUGGCAACCAGUUGACGCCGUUCCAGAGAACUGGUAAGAACGUCUACGACGUUCGCAAGGAGUGUGAGGGCCAGCUCUGCUACGAUGACAUGAAGUACAGUGAGGAGUAUUUGAACACACCAGAGGUGAUCAAGGCCGUGGGCGCAGAGGUUGAUUCCUUCACCAGCUGUAACUUCGACGUUAACAGAAACUUCUUGUUGAACGGCGACUGGAUGAAGCCAUACCAGCGCCACGUCACCGAGAUCUUGGACAAGGGCUUGCCUGUGUUAAUCUACGCUGGCGACAAGGACUUCAUCUGCAACUGGCUAGGUAACCGCGCCUGGACUGAUGAGCUACCAUGGAAGCACCACGACGACUUCACGAAGCAGCCUAUCAAGCCUUGGAAUGGGCCAUCUGGCGACCAAGCCGGUGAGGUCAAGAACUACAAGCACUUCACAUACUUGAGAGUUUUCGGGGCGGGCCACAUGGUGCCAUAUGACGUCCCCGAGAACUCUCUCGACAUGUUGAACACUUGGCUGCAGGGCGACUUCGGUAUGGGUGCUCAGGAAUAG